GUUGAUCCUCAAACUCGACGGUGCGGGCGACGCUGAGGCAUUCUCCAUGUCUCUGCACACGGGAAAUUCACAGUCUCGUAUCCUGGGCAGGGAUUUGCGAGCCAUAAUAAUGAGGUGAGCCCCUGCUUUCAUGCCUUUGAGAAAGGCCGUCUUGCUCAGUCGACGUCGAUUCUUGCCCCGUCGCUUUCUGUACGAACAAUCUCUCCCUCCUUUGCCCGAGUCUCAGUAUUCUUAACUGCCAGACUCCGAUUCCGCAGCCCAUUGCCUAUUGCUGUGGUAUUUUCUUGGACCAUCACUCGUUAGCCGGCAUCUGGAUCCGCAAAACGUCAAGGAAUCAACAAUGAUGUACAUCAACAACAUCGCCUUCGCUCUCGCCGCCCUCAGCGCUGUGUCAGCCUUGGGCAUUAACGAGAGCGAUGUGCCGUCUGUCUGUGCCACAAUCUGCAAACCCCUCGUCCAGCUCUCCGACGCGUGUUCAUCCAGCUCCUCGACGGACUCGAGCUGCAUCUGCAAGAAUACUAGCUUCGACGUCGUGAACCUAGGAUCCAUGUGUGCGAUCUGCUGCCAGCAAGCCAAUUCCCUAGGUGACGACCUCAAAUCCAUCUCUUCCGCCUGCGGCUUCACGCAGGGCACGUACAAUCAAGCAUCCGCCAGCUCGGUUGCUGCCACCGUUGUUGUGACCGCAACGUACUCUGGCAAAACAACAACCCUAUCUGCUGCCGCUACUGCGUCAGCUACUAGUUCCUCGGCCUCCAGUAGCAAAAAUGUCGCACCCGCUCCUACUAUGCAGGCUGCAGGUUUGCUUGCCGGAGCCGGUGCUGUUGCUGCUGGAUUGAUCCUGUAAAUACAAAUGUAUUAUGUAAUAUCAUGGGCAGCGUUCAGCGGAAAUAGAAAGGAGCACUGUGCCACAAUUAGCGACAUCGGUAUAAUGGCUGACAGGAGCUGGAAUAAAAAGACGAGUACACGGCCACGGCGUCUUCGAUUUAUGGUAAAAGGGAGGGUUUUUGGUCCGCGAGGCAGCUAAGUGACCAUGUUCUGCAUAGUCGGCAAAGGAAUGGCAACUUUCUGGUUGAGGAUACUAGGGGCUAGCUUCCGUUCCGCCCUGUAUAUUUACCCGAGUCCUUAGUAGAUUUUUUUAAACAAAAAAAGCUUUGAGCUAUUCAUUUCCCC